AUGGAGCGGCCGUCAUCGACAAGUCCGUGCGAGGACGCGCGAGUCGAUACUGCUGUUUUGACAAGGUGCAAGUGGCAUGGGCUCCUCAGAAGGUGCAUUUUCAGCUCGAGGGACGGCGCGCGGCGAUGCGCUUCGCGAACCUCAAGCCUUUCUACGCCUCGGAAGCACCUUCGCGGCUAUUAUCGCAUACAUCAUCCUUCGAGUCACCUACCAACCAUCACCAUGCCUAUGGAAGACAUCAAAACAGUGUACCAGCAGCGUCAUGGACUCCCGAGCACCUACGCAGCACAUUCUGGCCAGCUACAUGGACUACAUCGCAUCUCCCUAGUCAAAAACUCGAAGUGGACACCUUCCGCGCGCCAUUCCCUAGGACACCUAGUCAAGAAAUUCGAAAUCACUCCAACGUUGCCGUCGCCCUUCACGUUCGUACAGGAUAUCCUCGCAAAUAAUCCUCUGCAGCGCUUCAAGCCUGAAACGCACCUCGCCCUCACGCGCUCAGUUGGCCGUAUGUUGUCAACCGAUGGUACCACAGACAGAAAAGGUGGAGUCGAAGCGCAGAAUAUCCAGGAUGACUCAGAAUAUCUUGCGCAAGUUGGGGUAGGCACACCCGUGCAAGCGAUGCUAUGGUCUACGUCCCUCCCCAAGAACACACAAGACGCUGGGCGCAGCAAUGGCCACCACAUCUUCGAUCCCAGCAAGAGCAACAGCUGGAAAGCGUCACAGGGUCAAAGCUGGACGAUUACAUACGGCGAUGGCUCCAGUGCGAGUGGCUCAGUAGGCACCGAUACGGUCACAGUCGGAGGCCUCUCCGUGGAAAAUCAAGCUGUCGAGCUCGCAAAAGCCAUCGCGCCUAGCUUCGAGAGCACUGCAGGUGAUGGUUUGCUAGGCUUGGCGUUCGGAACGAUCAAUACCGUGCAGCCUCAGCCCGUUCACACGCCAGUAGAGAACAUGGUGAUCCAAGCCGACAUUCCCAAGGGCAGCGAGCUCUUCACAGCCUACUUGACAAAUCGGAUGGACAAGGUGCCGCCGUUCUAUACGUUUGGCUACAUUGAUCAGGAAGCGCUCGCCAAUCAGACUCCCCGCUACACUCCCAUCGACACCUCCAAAGGCUUCUAG